UGAACAUCAGUAUAAACCAUGAGAUGUCAUUUUUUUGACAGAUGACAAUCUUCUAAAAUAAAAUUCGAGCAAAAAAAUGGAUGUAUUUAAUAAAUUAUAUUCAUCCGUGAGUAGUACAGUAUCACAUUUAUCUGGAGUACUUCCAGGAAAUCCUGUCACACGUGAAUAUGAAGUCAUUAGUCACAUUGCUUCAGCUGGUCCAGGUUUAUUAUGGAAGAUUUACAAAGGAUUCAAAAAAUCCACAAAACAAGAAGCCGCUAUAUUUGUGUUAGAAAAACGACACUUGGAACGAUGGACAAAAGCUGAUCGUGAUAUCAUGAUUGACAUCCUACGACGAGGUGUGAUGCAGCUGACGAAAUUACGACAUCCACAAAUUUUAACAGUACAACAUCCGUUGGAAGAGAGUCGUGAAAGUUUAGCAUUUGCUACGGAACCAGUGUUUGCAAGUUUAGCGAAUAUAUUAGGAAAUAUAGAAAAUAUGCCAGUUCCUGUACCGGAAAGUAUUAAUAAUUAUAAAUUAUAUGAAGUGGAAAUUAAAUAUGGUCUGUUACAAGUGGGUGAAGGUUUAGCAUUCUUACAUAAUGAUGUGAAGCUGUUACAUAAGAAUAUUUGUCCGGAAUCGAUUGUGAUUAAUAUACAGGGUGCUUGGAAAAUAUUUGGAUUUGAUUUUUGUAUUUUGAAUCAAAAUAUUCAUGAGAGUCAGCCAUUUUGGCCAUUUACAGAAUAUACACAAGCAAUGCAUGCGUUAACCCAACCAACAUUGGAUUAUUUAGCACCCGAAUGUGCUCUAACUCAUGUUCAUUCCACAGCUAGUGAUAUGUUUUCACUAGGUAUGCUUGUAUAUGCUCUUCAUUCACCAGGUGGUCGACCGUUAUUUCAAUAUACAGGAGAUUAUUCAAAAUUUAAACGAACUGCUAAAGAGCUAAAACAAUUACCCAAUUCCAAAUUACUUUGCGUGGCAGAAGGAUUACAGGAAUAUGUAAAAAUGAUGUUGAAUACAACACCAGAAUUGAGACCGGAUGCACAUCAGUUUAUAAAGAUUCCAUAUUUCGAGGAUGUCGGUGUAAAAACUCUAAAUUAUUUAGAUUCAUUAUUCCAAUGGGAUAACUUACAAAAAUCACAAUUUUACAAAGGUCUACCACAAAUUAUACAAAAACUACCUCAUCGUGUCUGCAUUUAUCGAAUAAUACCCUGUUUAGUGAAAGAAUUCGUAAAUCCACCAAUGAUACCGUUUGUUCUCCCCAAUGUUCUACUUAUUGCUGAGAAUGCUACAAAAGAUGAAUACAUUCAACAUAUUUUACCACAUCUAAAACCGGUUAUGAAAAUUCAAGAACCGAUACAAAUUUUAUUAAUAUUUAUGCAAAAAAUGGAAUUGUUAUUAAAAUUAACACCAGCGGAAGAAAUUAAAACAGAUGUUUUACCAAUGUUGUAUCGAGCUUUAGAGGCUGAUGCACAACAGAUUCAAGAGCUUUGUUUAUCGGUUUUACCAACUUACGCAUCGUUAGUGGAUUAUCCGGCUAUGAAAAAUGCACUUUUACCACGGAUCAAACGAUUAUGUUUAUCGACAAGCUAUCUGUCAGUACGAGUCAAUUGUUUGCUGUGUAUUGGAAAGUUAUUGGAACAUUUGGAUAAAUGGUUGGUAUUGGAUGAAAUUUUACCAUUUUUAACGCAAAUUCCAUCGAGGGAACCGGCUGUGCUUAUGGGAAUAUUAGGAAUUUAUAAAUUGGCGAUGACGCACAAAAAAUUAGGCAUAACAAAAGAAUGUAUUGCCACAAAAAUUUUACCAUUUUUAAUGCCACUUUGCAUAGAAAAUGGUCUAACAUUGAAUCAAUUUAACGCUCUGGUUACGUUAGUCAAAGAAAUGGUGAACCAGGUUGAAAGUGAACAUCGUACGAAAUUGGAACAAUUGAAUUCGAUACAAAAAGAACAAAAAACUUUUGAUGCAAGUUUAAGCACUGGAACGCUGUCACCUGGAACUUUAGUACAAGCUCCACAACCACAAUCAGCUGUUGAUGAAAUGUUUUCAGGAUUGGGUCUUGAUUCUUACAUUAAUGAUAGUCCAAAACAUGCCAAUGCCCUAAAAAAUGAAAAUACAGGAUCAUCAUCAACAAGCAUGGACACAAUACCAAAUGGUGUGGAUAAUAAAUCCUUGUCUAUGGCUGAUAAGCAAAGGAUCGCAAAACAACAAGAAACAUCAGCCCGAUUAAAGAAUCAACCAAUUUUAUCCCCAACAUCCACAAACACUCCAAAAAUAACCCCACCCACGAAAGACUUAACAUCCUCUCUAAUCCAAUCAAAUUUAAGUCAAAUGAAUUUAAUGACAUCACCAAAAUCCCCACCACCUAUGAAUAAUACACCAAAUUCCAACCAAAUGUGGGCACAAUCGCCUCCACAACAACAAUGGACAAACUCACAAAAUUCCGCACCAAAUACGUGGAUGUCUUCUCCACCACUACAAAAUCGUAACAAUAAUUUUAAUAGUCAAUUUCAACAAAAUACGAUGUGGAAUAAUUCAACGUCACAACAACAGCAACCUCAACAGAAUUGGAGUGCGUUAGAUUCAUUGUUAUCAAAUAAUUCGACAGCAUCAUCGAAACCAACACUAAAUCAAAUGACUUCGCAAAGGACGCCAUUAAUGCAAUCUCCUACAUCCACAAAUAAUACAGUUUUAUCGAAGGAUGACAUUAUGGAUUUACUUAGUUAGAAAAUUUAUUCGAAUUUCUAUUCGCUUUUUUAAUUUUAAAUGUUGUAUUUUUGUGUUAUUUAAUGUUUUUUUUGUUCCAAGUAAAUGUUCGAAUGUCAUUUUUUUAAUGUGUCCGAAUUUAUUCGAAUUUCGAAAGUGGUUUAACUCAAUUUUAAAUAUUCUUUCUUAUUUUGAGUUAUGUGAACAAAUUAAGUUAAAUGAAAUAAGUUCAUAUGUUCCCCAAAAUAUGUGUUUGAAUUUUGAUAUAAACUUUAAAAGAGGCAUUAAAUACUUUGAACAAAACAUAAUUUACUACAGAGUGUUUAAAAUUAUCGAAGCAGAAAAGCAGACAGGGUGAUACAAAAUGUUAUUAUCUACAAAGUACAAUAAAAUUAUUUAAAAAAUCAGGGAAAUAAGGAAAAAAGUGUUGAUUCUUUGAUAUUUGGCACAAUUUUUAUUUAGUAGAACAACUUUGUAUCGAAAAAUCGACAACUCAUGAGGGGGGGUUACAACCUAAUUCACAAAUGUGCCAAAUUUUAAAGACACUUUUCCUUCUAGAUAUUUCAUUUUUGCAUGUCAAAGAUGGUAUUUUUUAAACACUCUGUAGAAGAAAAUCUCAUUAAAUAUUUAUUAUAAGAAAAUAUUCUUCAUAUCGCUUUGAAUUUAGACGAAUUUAUUUAAA